AUGCAUGUCAUAUCUACUUCAUCCUCCAUCAUUUCAUCUUCAUUGGAUCAAAUCUGUCUGCACGCUCUCUCUCUCUCUCUUUCCCUCUCUCUCUCUCCCUCCCUCUCUCUUUCCCUCUCUCUCACACACACCUUUCUCCCUGUUUAUGUGACGGCAGGGAGUGUAGCAUCUAGUCGGCUGAACGCUGGUGACAUUAUUUUGAAAAUUGGGAAUGUAAAUGCCUCGGAGCUUUCUCACGUUGACGGCCAAGAGUUGAUACGACAUUCGGGAAAUAACCUACAACUGACUAUCAGAAAGGGCAGAGGAGGAGAGAGUGAGAUGUUUUCCCCCGAGACAAGUGGCCACCCAAUUUAUGACCCCAACACGGGGUACAUGUACAAGAAUCCACCAAAUCGGUCUUAUGAGCCCACAUCGCAACAUAACCAACAAAUGUAUGGUGGAAACCAGUACAACGCCCAGCAAACGGCUCAAGAUGGCUCAGCUAGUUUUCGAUCACUCAGCGAUCCGUACAGUCAACCCAACAGUUACGGUUACGUGACCCCUGUGGCCCCGACACCCCGGCACCAGUACUACGCUGAACCCUUUUCACCCCAAACUUAUCACCAAAGUCCGGAAAUUUACCAGGACAAAAGUCCGUAUUAUAAUAACACCUACUCAGUGAAAGUUACCCCUAGCUACUCAAACGCCUAUCCGACUUCGCCCAGGUCGACAAACAACGAGACAUACAUCGGUACACAGACGUAUGUUCCAUCGCCAGCCUCACCUGUUACCCAACAUCAUGGUCAGAAUAAUUAUUCACCUUACCAAAACCGGGUGGCAGAAGUGAAACCAAACUUUGGUCAGAAUACAAGUGCUUUUAGUCCCACUGCUGCUGCCCAGCAGGCAUCGUAUUUUUCAGGAAGCCACCAGGCGCAACCCCAGCAAAAGGAAAUUUCUCCUUUAUCUAGUCCUACAUACAAUGCACACAUGAACGAAAGAUGCUCUCCAUAUUAUAUUUCAAGCGGUUACGACGAUAACCUGAGUCCUGUAAUCCAAACACCAGUAUCAGCAGAAGUGAAAGAACGACCAGAGGAAAAUCUUUAUUGGGCGAAACCAAUCAAUAUUUCGAAUGUGCCUGAUUACAGAUCGAACAGUUAUGAGGAAGAGCCUCGUUCAUCCAACAUGAGUGGAUUAAUAACUACCGCAGACGAUAGUGGUAUUGGCGAUGGUUAUAACCCACCAUAUUCGGCCGUUAGUCACCACGGCAAUCCGCCGUUGAGGGCAAAUUCAUAUCAAGAAGUUAACGAACCUAAUUACGUUACUGAGGCAACUGACGAGCCUGCACCGUUGGCUCUAUCGCCCCCAGCUCCUCCUCAAGCUCCUCCUCAAGCUCCACCCCCACCUCCUCCUCCUCCUCCUCCACCGCCACCUCCACCAAUGAUGCCAGAUGACUGGAAGCCAUCCAAGAAAACAUCAAAGGUAUGA